GUAAACACUAUCUUCCCUAAAGCCGGGAAACAUGAAAGUUGUGCGGGAUGUCUUUAGCGACGAGGUUUUUUCAGUCACAUUAGACGGGAGUAAGACGCGUCUACAUGUCUACAGACAAUGUCAGUUACAGGUUAUUGUGGCUGUCCCGGAGUCAGUACUGGAUGUGUGUGUAGGACAUCAGACGUCCAGUGAUACAAACAACAAUGAGUGGGUGCUGUACAUCCUAACACGCUAUCAGCUUUACGUUGUAGCUGAAAACCAAGUUAAAAACAGCAAAUCAAGGAAAAGUUCACAACAAGAUGAGACAAAAAGAGGAAAUCAGGAGAUCUUCAGUGAACUCCUGGGGAAAGAUUCCAUGUUUGGUGUACAGGAAACCAUGGCAGUGUCUCACCCGGUUUACCAGGCCACUAAGGAGCAUUCCUUGCUUGAGAUUGAAGAGGAAGUUACUAGUCUAGCUGUGGGUUGUGACGUGAUUGCCAUAGGAUUAUGUUGUGAGGAUCAUUACCUAAUACGUUUAUAUCUGCUGGGAGAACUGCACUCAGGAACUGGGAGAAACAAACUCCCUUUACAGACCUAUGUUUUACAUAGAGACUUGUCAGUCCCUUAUAAUGAUCAGAUCUGCCAUAAAACACAUCCUGAAUAUGGACAACAAUUCCUUGACAUGUCCAGGGGCAUGUGUUUAUCCUUACAUUUAGUCAGGUCCAGUGAUGGCAACUCUCACAAUCAAAGCUUCUCAUCGGUUCUGGAAAUCUCCAAAGAUAUUUUCCAUGCUGUGUGUGGUUUUCAGCCAUCAUUACUUAACUCUCCUUUGUUGCUGAUAUGUCCACCAGAGGGCUCUUUAUAUUAUGUACCAAUCAAAUCUCUGGACACAGCAGUUGUAAGACUUUUCUGUCAUACACACUAUGCAGUAGUUAAAGUAGGGAAGAUAAAUCUGAAUGUGACAGGUAUUAGAGAUCCACUUAGUCUAGAGGUCAGAGGCCAAGACAGACAAAUGGGGUUGGUUGUUACAUCACAAGAUGGAAGGGCACUGUUAGUUACUCCUGGAAGUACACAGAAAUUGGAGUUUGUUGAAUUUGCUUUACCUGGCCCAGUACUUGAUGUUGAUAUGUAUGGAAGUAAGAUUUACCAUUCAAGUGGGGCGGAUGUGUUUGAAAGUUUGAUAGAAACUAGCCCAGAACCAGCAGGACUGUCCUGUCACACAGUAGGAUUAAUGCAUGCAGGGGUCCAGGAACUGGCCUGUCUCCAUAACAGCAACCAUACUCAAGGAGGAGAUAGUGACCUACUGCUGGGCAUCCCUGAACUUCCACUCAAGCUGAUAAAACCUGCGGUAAGACGGGAGCGACCAGCUGUUGGUGCUGGUCAGACCAUCCGAAACUUACUUCAUAGUAUCAGUAUGUGUAGCAAAGAGACUGAGGCACUAUAUAAGCAACAACGUCGUCAGACAGAGAGGUUAGCUCAACUUAAUAUGGCUGCCUUUCUGUCCACUCAAGACCCACGCAGCCCUGACUUUCCACUUCAGUUCUCAUACUCUAUUUCUCAUAUAGGCAAACAGUCCCAACAGAACAAUAAUUGGGUGAUGACCUGUCACAUGACUAAUAGAAGUGACUUGUACCUGUCUGCUGAUUGGACACUGAUGAUUGUUUUAAGUGAUAACAAACAGGAGUUUAUGAGUGCCUCCCUCCCUCUUCCCAGUGGGCUGGGAGCCACCACAGGGCUGGAGUUCCAAAUGGUCCCACCAGCUUCACACUGUUGCCUCCUGAGGCCUGUGGAGGUGAAAACUAGCUUGGUGCUUUACUCUACGCACAGUGCUGGCAUCCUGCCUGUUAUGAAUGUAUUGGUCAAUACAGUUACCCUGGACAUCUUGUUUGGAUUGGUCAGUCCAGAGGAUGUGACCACUGUGACUUCCCUGACCAGAGAGACUAGUAUCACACAGCUGGUGAGAGAGAUGGCGGGGACCAAACCAAUAUCCCAGUGUAAGGAGCUACUCCUAACUCCCACACCAGCAACUGUCAGUGUCCAUGUUCUUAACCAUGUCCUUCAGUCGGACAAAGUGGCCAUGUACAACAAAGAUCCCUGUCCUCUGCUGAGUUACCUGCUCAAGUCUAGUUCAGUGACCCCUAGAGACAGUUCUGUUACCAUGGUGACAGUGGGAGGACAUGAGAUACAGCUAACAGCUGAGGGUCAUAAACUGACCAUACACAGUGACAGAGCUGAUGUAGCCAUAGCAACUAGACAGGCCAUCAUCAGCAGACUCCAAGAAUGUACCAUUCAAAGUACUGAGCACCUUCCUGACAGAACAGCACCACAACAGGUCAACAGCUUACAACAGCUCCAGGACAAGUUGACAAAUUUGCAUUCCUGGAGUUCCUGUACGACAAAUCUAUACAGAAAUCAAGUUUUGGACAUGUACAAAUCUCUGCGCUCCACACCCGUUAAGGAGUAACAAUGACUCAAUACUGUACACACAGGAGACUAAUAAAUAUUGUGAUGAAUGCUGUC